AUGGCCCGAGAGGAGGAGCCGUUGUUCAAUCGAUUGCUCAACGCCAAUUCUGUUGCUGAACAGAUUACCGCCCUGCGGGCACUCAAGCAUGAACUGAUCGGACAUGAUCAACGAAAAGAGACAUGGAUUACUAUUGGCAUCAUAUCGAUAUUAUCACAAAUCUUGGAAUCACGGAGGAAUGAUGGGAAGAAGGAAGGCAUGUCCGCCGGACAGGAUGGAGCAGCAGGGUUGUCGAAAAGAUGGAAUAAUGGCCGUAUAGAUGAGCUCACAGAAGACCAGGAGCUCUGUUUGCAGGCUGUUAUCAUCCUGGGCAGCUUGGCUCAGGGUGGACCUGCUUUCAUAUCGCCUAUAAUGUCAAGCGAAGCAAUCGCUUCUAUGCUUUCGAUUUUGUCGUCGCUCGAUUGCCCGAAGUCACUUGGGCUCUCCAUUUUCAAAACACUGAACACUAUCGCAGGUCGAUAUCCACUUCAGAACGUGAAUUGGCCGCAGGAUAAUCGUCUCGCGGAAAUUAUAUUUACCCCUGACAACAUCCGAUGCUUCGCGUGGGUAAUUGCUCAAAAUAAUUCUUCCUCUACAGCUCAGACAUGUGCAACUCUUGCUGCGAAUAUAAUUGCCAAGCUGUGCACCGAGGAGAGCCACAAAGCUGUCCUCACCGAAUAUGGCGUUUUAGAUGCAUUGGCUCUCAAAGUAGCCUCCAUUAUUGUGGCUCAAGGGUUCGUUUUGCCUGGUGCAGAAAACCACCUAGCCCAAGAUGGGGCAAUGUCCGCACUCCCACAGCCAGCUCCGUCGACGGCGAAACUAGGCCCAAUUCUACGUGCUGUGUCGAUCAUCAUUGAAAACUCUAAAUGGCGUGCAGAGCAUUUCCUCUCUUCUCCCGGAAUUGUCACUGUUUUCCCGGGUCGGUUACCGGAAUUUUCACCUGCAGACAUCAAGAGAAACCCAUGGGGUAUGCCGUAUCUGUCAGGGUCAGCUGUCCCUCGUCAAAACCAUGCAAAUCCAUUGGAUGCUCUUCUCCCGGUUGUCCCCCUUAUACAAACACAGGCCUCUACAAACUUCCCGCCGCUGGUCCCAAUGGGAUCAUUUCACAAGCGUUCGCUCUCGUUCUUAGAAUCAUCUUCACCAGACGAAGAUGAGACCGCACUGGUGCCUUGGCUCUUUCACAUGCUUAGAACUGAGUCCGGGUUGUCUCGCGUGAUGGCAGCUCGCCUUGUUACUGUCCUUUUCAGAUUAGGACUAACUCGGAAACAUCGAAUCCCUAUGUUUAGCUACUUAGUGACUCCUUUGUUGUUGAGGAUGCUUGGUAAAGAGUAUGACUUUAGUGACGAAUCAGAUCCAGAAUAUGACGGCAUGAUUCCGAUGACUCUCCGAUUAAAAGAGGAAGUCCCAUCCAUCCUUGCCGCGUUGGUAAUGGACACACAGGAACUGCAAAAACACGCGGUUGAAGCAAAUGCCAUCAAGAUUCUUUCUCAAUUGCUCAAAGAAACAUAUAACCCCCAUUCGGAAAACAGCAAGCCUAUGUGGUAUGCUGAAUCAAACGACAAAGACAUGUCGCCGACGAUACCACUAAGCAGCCAAAUGGGUCCCGUCGGCUACAGUCCGAUGACCUCGCAUAUUAUGCGAUACCGAGAAGGCAUACUGCGUGCACUGGCUGCGCUCGCACCUUUUAGGGACGAGUACCGGAAGGCGAUUUGCGAAAAUGGCGUUGUCCCGUAUAUCAUCGACUCCCUCAAGCCACGACCACCGUCUGACAGGAUUGAUGUUUUGGGGACGAAGAAUACUGCCGUUGAUGGCAACCCUAUCCCUACUUUACUUGCAGCGUGCGGUGCUGCCAGGGCUCUUACGCGAUCUGUCAGUGUUCUCAGAACUAGUCUGAUUGAUGCUGGGGUGGCAGCUCCUCUUUUUGAGUUGGUCAAGCAUCGAGAUGUCGAAGUACAAAUAGCAGCAACAUCAGUAGCGAUCAUUUCUGGAGACAUUCUCCCUAUUCUUUGCGAGCAUGCGCACUCUAGCAAUACGAAACUCCGCUUAGAAUCACUCUGGGCUCUCAAGCAUGUUGCAUAUAAUUCGACUAAUGACAUCAAAAACAAAAUCGUGACUGGGUUGGGUGCAUCGUGGCUAGCCGAGCUUAUAACUGCUGAUCCCACCAGCAAAGGGAGCAUUGUAACUGACGUCAAGACCGGGUCGUUAAUUGGCAUGGGAACGUCUAACUCAGCAGGCGAGAAAGUUGAUUUGCUGAAUCCGAUGGAUGACACGAGAGAAGAACCAAGAGAUGAAGCACUGGGCAGUGAAGCCGGUUAUGAUACGUUUCUUCCAGACCCAACACGACGCAAGAAGCUUGCCAUGAGCGGUGAAAUUGACCAGACCAGGCAGGCCAGACAAGAUAAUAUUGCAGUACAAGAACAGGUUCUGGGCCUGAUUAGCAACAUAAUAUGCGGCACUGGAGCAUCGGAGAUAGUCGAUUUUCUGCUCAACGAGAUUGGCCGUAACGAGCUCUUAAGCAUUUUGGCGGACAAGUUGCGACCUAGACCGGGCCCAACUCGGCGCGACACGGCGACAGCCCAGAUGUCAUCAUCAUCAUCAACAAUCUCGUCUUUUCAACCACCAAUGCCCGCCGAGAUUCUCAUCGCAGUCACCUAUGUUCUCGUCAAUCUCGCCGCCGGACCGCCCAAGCACCGAGACCUACUAUUCUCCCACCGCGACCUCCUCAAGAAUCUAAUGUGGCUUUUUGAGCACCCCAACCGCAUCGUGCGCGUCAACUGCGUCUGGGUAGUGAUCAACCUGACCUACGAAGACGACCAAAGCGACCGCCAAGCCUCCUAUGAGCGGGCAUCAAAGUUGAAGGCAUUAGGUGUAAUAGACCGACUUGGCAGCGUCGAGGACGAUGACAGUCUGGACGUCAGGGAACGCACCAAGACGGCCCUUCAUCAAAUACGCAAAUACAUGAAUGUUGCGUAG